AUGCCUCGAGUAUAUAAAUCUGUUGUUGGCGAAUAUUUUGACUAUAGCAAAGUGGAAAAAAUUUCUACGUGCAAAAAAUGUUUGAACAAAAUUAAAGGUAAUCAUGGCACAAAUUUGAAGAAACACUUGAGUACUCAUAGUGAGUUGUACGAUGAGUUUCAAUCAAAAGAAAAAAAAACAGCUUUAAAAAUUCAAGUUGAAAAAAAUAAAAACUGUACAUCGGAGACACAGACAAUAUUACAAUUUCUACAGCCCAGUAUAAAAGUUAACAUUGAUAGUAAGACAAUUAUAAACGGGUGCGUAGAACUUGUUACAGUUAACGGAAGGCCUUAUAGUAUAAUGGAUGAUUCAGGAUUUAAAAAAAUUUUAAAUCCUGUUUUAAAUGGCUUGAGAAAAAAAAUCACUAUGAACUCAAAUACAAUUAAGAAAUAUGUAAAUGAAGAAGCUACUCUUCUAAAAGAUGAAAUAACUAAAGAAAUCCAAAACAAACUCAUUUCAUUAAAAAUUGAUGCUGUUACAAGAUUGAAUAGAUCCUUUUUAGGAAUAAAUUUGCAGUAUGUCAUUGAUGACACCAUUAAACUUAGGACUAUAGGACUUCUGGAACUAACUGAGUCACAUACAGGUGUGUAUUUAAAAGAUGUAAUACUUAAUGUGAUGAAUAAAUUUAAGAUUGAGCCAUGCCAACUGUACACAAUCACAUCAGAUAAUGGGGCAAAUAUGUUAAAAGCCACUAGUCUAAUAGAAGAACACAUUUUAUCUGAAGUAACUACAUCUGAUAAUGAAUCAGAAACUGAACACAUGGACGUAUCAGAAUCAGAAGCAGGAUCAAUUGAUGAGCAUGAAGAUAAUGAUAGUGAGUUUGAAUUGGACCAAACUGUACUUGACGAUGAUCAAAUAACUGAAUUAUUAAAUGAACAUAGUGAUAAUAUUGAUAAGGAUUAUGAACAAUCAGAACUCAUAAUUAAUCAUGUUGAAUUGCAAAGCUUCAGUGAUUACUCCAUAUUUUCUGGUAAGCUUAAGAAGUUUUACUAA